UCAUGGGGGCAGUACUGCCACAGGCUACAAUCUGUUUGUGUAGUAGCUGUAAUGUAAACAGUGUUCAGGUGCUAGCUAACGGCUGUUAACAUUAUAGUUAACUUUGAUACUGUCGCCGCUGAAUCGCACACAGUUAUGGCUUCACGAUAGAUUCCUCGAGCUGACGCCGUCUCCCGCUACCUCUUGUUCUAACCCUCGUUAGACUGCAUAUGAUUCAUAUGCUGUAACCAUGACCAAAGACAUCGUUGUUGGAGAUGAAUUACCAGAAUGGGUGGGGGCCAAGGAGUUUUACCAGAAAUACGACCCUAAAGAGGUGAUUGGCAGGGGUGUGAGCAGUGUGGUGCGCAGGUGUGUGCACAGACACAGGGGUCAGGAGCUGGCAGUGAAGAUUAUUGAGAUCACAGCGGAGAAGAUGACAGCCCAGCAGCUGGAGGAGGUGAAAACCUCUACGCUGAAGGAGAUCCAGGUCCUCAACAUGGUGAAAGGACACUCCUCCAUCAUCACUCUCAUUGAUUCCUAUGAGUCCACAACCUUCAUAUUUUUGGUGUUUGACCUCAUGAGGCGAGGAGAGCUUUUUGACUACCUCACAGAAAAAGUGACUUUGAGUGAGAAAGAAACCAGGAGCAUGAUGCGAGCUCUGCUGGAGGCCGUGCAGUACCUCCACUCCCUAAACAUCGUCCACCGGGACUUAAAACCUGAGAACAUUCUCCUGGAUAAUCAGGGCCACAUCAAACUGUCCGACUUUGGUUUCUCAGUGCAGCUACAACCUGGAGAGAAGCUUAGAGAGCUUUGUGGGACACCUGGUUAUUUGGCACCUGAAAUACUGAAAUGUUCCAUGGAUGAAAUGCACACAGGCUAUGGCCAAGAGGUCGAUCUCUGGGCGUGUGGCGUGAUCCUUUUCACCUUACUGGCCGGCUCACCGCCGUUCUGGCAUCGCAAGCAGAUGCUGAUGCUGAGGAUGAUCAUGGAGGGUCGCUAUCAGUUCAGCUCACCAGAGUGGGACGACAGGUCUGACACUGUGAAAGAUCUGAUUUCCAGGCUGCUGGUGGUGGACCCAGCUGUUCGUCUCACUGCUGAGCAAGCUUUGGCACACCCCUUCUUCAGACAGUAUCAGAAGGAGGACGUGCGACUCUUUAGUCCCAGGAAGACAUUUAGGGUGCUGAUAGUCACUGUGCUGGCCUGUAUCAGGAUGUACAGCCGUUACCGCAGGGCUCGGCCGCUGACUCGGGAGGUGCUGGCCAGAGAUCCUUACUCCCUUCGCGGUAUUCGCAAACUCAUCGAUGGCUGCGCCUUUCGCAUCUACGGGCACUGGGUGAAGAAAGGGGAGCAGCAGAACCGAGCCGCUCUCUUUCAGAACACAGCUAAGGUCAUGCUGCUGGGCCUGGAGGACUUUGAAACAUAAAAGGUCAACCUCAUACAUAACCACGUUGAUUUUUAUUUAAACAUUUGCAUGUGCUGUCAUGUCAGUGUUUGCCUUGUUUAAUUUUAAGAUGAGAAAUUCAGGGGACCGAGACGUUUAAUGCGCACCGUGGUUCUGCAAGUUGAAGAUAAGCAUGCACAUCUUAUCUGCCCUUUUGAUCCAAGUUUGUGGCUGUUUGAAACUCUUGUCAGGGCAUCAUGUUUGCAUUGCCACUCUGCAUUAGAGGGCACAUUGCACAAUAUAACACAUCACAUAUAAGCACAUUAUGUGUAUUUAGGAUUUUUCCUGUUGAUCAUCAGUUAUAACUGAGGAGAGGAUGCGUUUUGAAGCACUGUGUGGCUGAAGUGGACAUGAAAGCACUCUUAUUAAUUAUUAAAUAGAUAAUUAUAUACACAUAAUGUAACAAGGUUCACAUUUACAGAUAUGCCAGUGUUACAAAUCAGUACCAGAAAAUAUGUGAAACAUUCAAGUACGGUAUUUGGACCGUCCUGUAGCUGUUAGCAUGCAGGCGUUACUCAAUAGGAAACCCACUCAAACUAACUGUGAAGACUAUUUUGUGAGUGUAUUUCCUAUAAAAACUAACCAACACCAUUUCCUUCUCAGUUCAUUCUUUAGUUUAAUAUGUAGCACUUUUCCUGAAAGUGCCUCCUUGCAGUAAUUGUACAAAUGCAGAUAUAAAUGUACUGUAUAUGAAGAAAAAAGGUUUCAUUGACAAUAAAACUGUAUAACAUUGA